CUGACCCUUUCUUGGUCUGUCUUUAUAAGAAGGCUUUUGCCGACGCGAUUUGCUGCCUGUCUCUCUCCCUAUAAAAUCGUAGUUGAAGAAGAAAGACGGAUUGAGACUCCUAAAUAAUUCAAAGAUUGUGUGCUCGUUUACGGCUCUUCCUGCUGUUUAGUCGAGGCUUAACAUACGUUCUCGCAGUUUGAAGAAAAAACAGAGGCAUAAAACCCCAAAAAGAAACAACAACAAUAAUAAUAAUAAUAAUAGAGAGGGAAAAACAGAGGAGCCAGAAGAGCAAAUGGAUAGUCUCUGUUUGAAAACAGGGAUUAAUGGGAUAACGCCUUCUAUUCCUGUAGGUGGAGGGCUUGAUCUCCGUACAAAUCCAUCUCAGGUGAGCGCCGUGGGGAGGUCCACGGUGGACAAGUCAACAACAACAACGUCGCAGAAGCAGACGACGGCGUUUUCGAGAUUCUCGUUUAAAUACUCUCUGAAAUCUUUGUGGACAAGAGGAGGAGGAGGAGGAGGAGGAGGAGGACGUAGUAGGAAUAAUGGGUUGGCCCUCGACGAUGCCGUUUUGCUGGAGAAUGUUGAAGGGAGGGUCGGCGAGGAGGGUAAGAAGAGUGGAGCAAUGGAGAUGGAGGGGAAGAGUGAGAACUGGGUGUUGAAGAUCUUGCACGUGAGGUCCCUCUGGAGGGAGGAACAGGGCAAAAGUUGUGGUCUUGAAACAGAGCAAGGCCAGGAGGUCAAGGAUGGAGAUGAUCAGAGAAGAGGAUCUGGUGGUGACGAUCAUCAUCACGAUGACGACGACGAAGAGUGUGAUGGUUGUAGGGUUAAAGAAGAUCAUGAUGAUGAUGAUGACGAAAAAGAGAAGGCUAAAUUUGAUAAAGAUUCGUUUUCGAAAUUGCUUCGUAGAGUUUCCUUAGCAGAAGCGAGGUUGUAUUCUCAAAUGUCGUAUUUGGGGAACUUGGCUUAUUGCAUACCCAAAAUUCAGGCAGGAAAUCUACUUAGAUCUUAUGGUCUGCGCUUUGUUACUUCGUCGAUAGAUAAAAGGGAAUUGGCUGCAAAAGCCGAGAAAAAUCAAGAGUCAGCUGAAAUUCAAGAAGAAGAAAAGAAUGCAAUGGAUGAUGAGGAAGGAAAGGAGGAGGAGGAGAGCAAUGGAUACAGAAUCAGUGCUGCUGCUGCUUAUCAGAUUGCUGCUUCUGCAGCUUCGUAUUUGCACUCUCAUACAAGGGCUAUACUUCCAUUUAAAUCUUCAAAGAAUGAGGCAGCUGGAAGUUUGAGUGAAAAAAAAGAUGGAAGCAAUGAUGAUGUUGAAAGGAUGAACUCAGAAAUGGCUUCUUUCAUUGCAACAACUGACUCUGUUACCGCUGUGGUUGCUGCGAAGGAGGAAGUAAAGCAGGCUGUUGCAGAUGACUUGAAUUCGACUCAUUCAUCACCUUGUGAGUGGUUCAUUUGCGAUGAUGAUCAAAGUGGUACACGAUUUUUUGUCAUUCAGGGAUCUGAGUCACUUGCAUCCUGGCAAGCAAAUCUACUUUUUGAGCCCAUUAAAUUUGAGGAACUGGAUGUGGUUGUGCAUAGAGGUAUAUAUGAGGCUGCGAAAGGGAUCUAUGAGCAGAUGCUUCCCGAAGUCCAUGCUCACCUAAAAUCCCGUGGAGAUCAUGCAACCUUUCGUUUCACCGGGCAUUCUCUUGGUGGAAGCUUGGCAUUACUUGUAAAUCUCAUGUUGCUGAUAAGGGGUGAGGUGCCAGUCUCUUCAUUGCUUCCUGUUAUAACGUUUGGUGCACCUUCCAUCAUGUGUGGAGGUGAUCAUCUGCUUCGCAAGCUUGGAUUACCACGAAGUCAUGUUCAGGCAAUUACAAUGCACAGAGACAUAGUACCACGAGCCUUCUCUUGCAAUUAUCCUAAUCAUGUUGCGGAGUUUCUCAAGGCUGUCAAUAGGAACUUUCGGAGCCAUCCUUGUCUCAAUAACCAGAAGCUAUUAUAUGCUCCAAUGGGUGAGCUUCUGAUUCUACAGCCAGAUGAAAAGUUCUCGCCAAACCAUCAGCUUCUUCCUUCAGGCAUUGGUCUGUAUCUUUUAAAGUGUCCAAUAUCAGAUGCCAUUGAUGCAGAGAAGAUGCUCCGGGAUGCGAAGAUGGUGUUCUUAAAUUCACCGCACCCGCUGGAGAUCCUACGUGAUCGCUCGGCAUAUGGUUCUGAAGGAUCCAUUCAAAGAGAUCACGACAUGAACUCUUACCUAAUAUCUGUACGAGGAGUUAUACGUCAAGAGCUAAACCGCAUUAGGAAGGCCAAAAGGGAGCAUCGCUGUAAGGUUUGGUGGUCCUUGGUGUCACCACAUGGUGUCAAUGCCGGUAUCAUUUUGGGAAGGCCUCUAGGAACGGUCAACCAGGGCGGCCGAGAACAGGUCAAUCUUUCUGGUGUCUUACAGAGUGGUAGAGAGUCGUUGAAAAGGUUCAGUAGACUUGUAGCAUCACGGCACAUGCAUCUGUUUGUGGUGCUUUUGUUCCCUGCACGAUUGUUGCUGUUGGGAGCAUACAGCGUCAUGGGUUUCCGCUGAUCGGCCAUAUACCUUGUUUUCCAUUCAUUUCAUUCUUUUUGUGGGAUAGUUUGUAUAGAUGGAAACGAUAUGAGGCUUGUGCCUUGGUCCCGCAUUUUGAGGGGCCCCAUAUUCUUUUUGUUUUUUUUUCAAAUGGAAAAUUGUAUUUUAUAAUUUUUUUAAUAUAUAAAAAAUUUACAUUAUAUAAACUUUUUA